CUUCAGUCGUGAACGGUAAGCCGAGGAGGUUGGUUAUACGGCACCACUUUGCUUCCAUGUUAUUUCGUGUGUGAAGUGCAAUCUCCCCGAAUUUAUUUGCUUAUCCACCAUUGAGGAUCUUCAGUGAUCAUCGAGAUUAUACGAUUUUGUCGCGGAAGAUACACCGACGAAUUUCUGGGCUUCAGAACAUCCCGCUUGAAGCACGACUGCUAGACAAUGACGGGUGGCGUCUUGAGACUCUGCACACUCAGUGGGCAGCAUCUUUUGCGUAUUCCGCGCCCUAUUCAUCCUCUGCGCCUCUUUUCGGGCUCUGUGAAGCUCCUGCAGAAGGAUGGGAAGCCCGUGGAAGCCAUCAAGGGGAUUGAGUACAAAAAUCUCACAAUUGGCUGCCCCAAGGAGCGAUGGAACAACGAGAGACGUGUUGCCAUGACUCCAGCUGUGGCUGCAACGCUCAUCAAGAAAGGUUUUAAUGUAAAUGUCGAAUCCGGUGCUGGAUUGGAGGCAAAAUUCCGCGAUGAAGACUACAAACAGGCUGGAGCGAAAAUUGUCGACUCCAAGGGGAUCUACAAUGCAGACAUCCUCCUCAAAGUCCGUCAACCAACACAGGAAGAAGUUCCUCUACUGAAACCCGAAUCCACACUCAUCUCCUUCCUCUAUCCAGCACAGAAUAAGGAUCUCAUAAAUGAAUUGGGAAAACGGAAGAUUAAUGCAUUUGCCAUGGAUUGUAUCCCGCGUAUUUCUCGUGCUCAAGUCUUUGACGCUCUGAGUUCAAUGGCCAACAUUGCAGGCUAUCGAGCUGUUAUUGAGGCUGCCAACUACUUCCCGCGCUUCUUCACAGGUCAGAUCACUGCUGCUGGUAAAGUCCCACCUGCCAAGAUCCUCGUUAUCGGUGGCGGUGUAGCUGGUUUAGCUGCAAUUGGUCAAGCACGUGGUAUGGGCGCCAUUGUGCGAGCCUUCGACACGAGAUCCGUUGUCAAGGAGCAAGUUGAGAGUAUGGGAGCGGAAUUCCUGACCAUCAACAUUGAGGAAGAAGGAGGAACUGCUGGUGGCUACAGCAAAGAAAUGAGCAAAGCCUUCAUCGAUGCAGAACACGCUCUAUUCGCGAAGCAGUGCAAAGAAGUCGAUGUGAUCAUUACAACUGCCCUGAUUCCCGGAAAGAAAGCCCCCGUGCUGAUCCUUGAGGAACACGUGAAGUCCAUGAAGCCAGGAAGUGUCAUUGUGGAUUUAGCUGCCGAGGCAGGAGGAAAUGUCGCCACAACUGUUCCAGGGCAGGUUAAAGUGAUUCACGAUGUUGUUCACGUUGGUAUCACAGAUCUGGCCAGCAGACUCCCAACACAAAGCUCCACUCUGUACGCCAAUAACAUCAGCAAAUUCCUCCUAUCAAUGGGAGAGAAGAAUCACUUUGAUAUUCGCCUAGAGGAUGAGGUUGUUCGUGGUUCCAUUGUGUUGCGCAAUGGUGAACUCAUGUGGCCACCACCAGUCAUCCCCGUGUCCGCUCAAGCUGCCCCUGCUGCUGAAACAAAAGCCCCAGCAAAGGUUGAACCCGUUCCGGAGGAUCCCUUCCAGAAGCAGCUGAAGAGUAGUCUCACCUACACCGCUGGCUUGGCGUCUCUCCUUGCUCUCGGAGUUGCAUCCCCCAAUCCCGCUUUCACCACAAUGAUGACCACAUUUGGUUUGUCGGGAAUUGUGGGCUACCACACUGUGUGGGGCGUCACACCGGCUCUCCAUUCACCCCUCAUGUCCGUCACGAAUGCCAUUUCGGGCAUCACUGCCGUCGGAGGACUCCUGCUGAUGGGCGGCGGAGUUACUCCAUCAAACACAAUCGAAUCCUUGGCUGCUGGUGCAGCUCUCAUCUCAUUCAUCAACAUCUUCGGUGGAUUCCUCGUCACCCAGCGCAUGCUGGACAUGUUCAAACGUCCUGGAGAUCCACCAGAGUACAACAUGCUCUUCGGCAUUCCCGCAGCCGCCUUCCUCGGAGGCUAUGGAUACGCCGCUGUUGCCGGCUUCCCUGAAAUCCAUCAAAUGGCUUACCUGGCUUCUAGUUUGUGCUGCGUUGGGGCUCUUGCAGGGCUCUCGUCACAGAAGACAUCACGUCUGGGCAAUACUCUGGGCAUGAUUGGCGUCACGGGUGGAAUUGCCGCUACUCUUGGCCACAUGGCACCCUCCAAUGAAGUCCUCAUGCAGAUGGGUGGUGUUGCUGCUCUUGGCGGAACUUUGGGCAGCAUAAUUGCCAAGAAGAUCCAAAUUACGGAUCUUCCCCAGCUUGUUGCUGGCUUCCACAGUCUCGUGGGAUUGGCAGCUGUCCUCACGUGCGUCGCCACGUAUAUGCACGACUUCCCGAAUCUGGCAACUGAUCCUGCGGCCAAUGUGUUGAGGACAGCCCUCUUCCUGGGCACAUACAUCGGUGGAGUGACCUUCAGUGGCUCCCUCGUGGCCUAUGGCAAGCUCCAGGGCGUUCUCAGCUCAAACCCCCUCUUGCUUCCGGGUAGACAUUGGAUCAAUGGUGGUCUCCUUGCUGGCAAUGCUCUGGCCAUGGGAAUGUUCUACAUGGAACCAACAAUGGCCGGCGGAUUGGGACUCCUUGGAGCCACAUCCUUGAUGUCCACCGCAAUGGGAGUCACCCUGACUGCUGCUAUUGGUGGUGCUGACAUGCCCGUGGUCAUCACAGUGCUCAACUCCUAUUCCGGCUGGGCACUCUGUGCUGAAGGAUUUAUGCUCAAUAAUAACUUGAUGACCAUCGUGGGAGCUCUCAUUGGAUCCUCUGGUGCCAUCCUGUCGUACAUCAUGUGCAAAGCCAUGAAUCGUUCCCUGCCAAAUGUCAUUCUCGGUGGCUACGGCACCAGUUCCACAGGCGGUGGAAAAGCCAUGGAGAUCACUGGAACGCACACGGAAGUCAAUGUGGACGGGUGCGUUGAGAUGAUCAGAAAUGCCAAGAAUAUCAUCAUCACUCCCGGAUAUGGGCUCUGUGUGGCCAAGGCACAGUACCCCAUUGCUGAGAUGGUUAACAUUCUCAAGAGUCGCGGCAAGAAGGUUCGAUUCGGUAUUCAUCCAGUGGCUGGAAGAAUGCCCGGACAGCUGAAUGUUCUCCUCGCCGAAGCUGGAGUCCCGUACGACGAUGUGCUGGAGAUGGAUGAGAUUAACGAUGAUUUCUCAGAGACAGACUUGGUGCUGGUUAUUGGGGCCAAUGAUACAGUCAACAGUGCUGCUGAAGAUGAUCCAAAUUCCAUCAUUGCCGGCAUGCCCGUUCUGCGGGUCUGGAAGUCCGAUCAGGUCGUCGUUAUGAAACGAUCUCUGGGCGUUGGCUAUGCCGCUGUGGACAAUCCAAUCUUCUACAAGCCAAACACAUCGAUGCUGUUGGGCGACGCCAAGAAAACUUGUGAUGCGCUUCUGGCGAAAAUCAAGGAGGAGGAGAAUUAGAGAAAAGAAAAAGAAAAUUGUACAAAGGGAUUCAAACACAAAAAGAAAGAAAACCUUCCUUCGUACUGAAGGUUUCCCUGUAGAUGAAAAUUUACUCCCCCCCCCUCUUCCCUUCCACCCAUCAUAGAAGAAAUGACCUUUCAAUCGUUAAAGAAAAGAAAGAAAAACCCUUUAGCUGUGUAAAAUCAUCCCAAGAAAAGAAAAGUGAAUGUGAAAAAAAAGAUUUCAUAGAUUGAUGUAAAAUAUAAAUAUAUAUAUUUUUUCUAUAGAGGAAAACUUUACAAGUAACGAGAGAUAAAUUCCGCACAAUGAGAGCUGAGAGAAAGAUUAAACACAAUUUUUUUUUGUUCUUGUCAAAAGCCAUUCUCUCCUUACAGAGAACUUUUGAAUAAAAUCUACUUACAUUUUUUUUUUUAAAACUUUUUGUGAAUAGACAAAUUGAAUCAAGAAAAAAAGAAGAUUUUUAAAGCAAUUUUAUCGUCGCAGCAUUUAAAAACUCUAAAUGAGAUGUUAAUUUAAACGAAAAUAAAGUUUUAAUUUAUUUUA